UUCAGUACCAGAAGCGGUAACCCCGAGCUACACUCGGGAAUACCCUGCAGCGUUGCUCAGGGAUUCCCUGCAGCACUUACCUUGUCCUUCGCUCCCGCGAUGUGUCCCCUGCAGCAUCCCCGGCCAUCUCCUCCGGCUGAUGCCGGCAUCCAGCUUCCGUGUUCCGGUCCCUGCGAGCGUUGGAACGUAGGGGGGCCGGAACCAGCUGCAAAUUUGAAAAUUUUAAAAACUGACAUUUUCUAUUAAACGAAUAUCACAUAUGCUCUGUCCUGUGCCCUGCCUGCAUUUUUACUGUUCUUUCUG